GUCGACAGUCAGCCACCCUCUGCCCAGCCUGGGACCAGACAUUGAUCUUUGAUGACAUAGAAUUAACAGGUCCUCUUGCAACAACACGAACUCAGGCCCCAGACAUUGUCAUCGAGGUGUUAGACUGGGAUGCCAGGGGUGCCCCAGAAUUCCUGGGUCGUGUGUUCUGUUCUCCAUCAGUUGUUGAGGCAUCAGAGGGCUACCAGCCUCAAGCUCUUCAGUGGUAUCCUCUGCCGGGGAGAAGACAAGCAGGGUGAACUUUUAGCAUCUUUUGAGUUAAUGCUGAAAGAUGGCGAGGAGCUGCCCAUGCUGCCUCCCACUCGUGGUGAACACUACAUGGUACCCUUUGGUGUGCGGCCUCUCCUGCAGCGCACUAGAAUUGAGGUGUUGUGCUGGGGUGUGAGGAACAUGGCCACAUUUGAGCUUCAGUCCGUCACCCGGCCAUCUAUUGAGUUCGAGUGUGGCGGCGAGAGGGUUACCUCCCCCAUCAUGACCAACCUUCGCCUGAAUCCCAACUUUGACAAACCACAUCUUGUCUUUGAUGUUGAACUCCCUAAAGAGGAGUUGUAUAUGCCACCGUUGACACUGCGAGUGGUGGACCACCGUGCCUUUGGCAAUAAGCCUGUAGUGGCCACAGCUGUUGUGAAUGACCUCCAUCAGUACACAGUGGAGCCUCGAGCCACCAGGAGGAAACGUAAGGGCAAGAAAACUACCCUCAUCCUAAGAGACAGUGUACCAGCCACGUUGUUGCCAAGCCUUGAUAGCAAGUCCACCAAAGACAAGGUUGGUGGAUCAUACCUCAUCAGGCCCAGGAUUUUGGCCGACCAAGGUUUCCCUCGCCCAACUCUCAAUCACCACCAGGCUUCCGUAGAGCCCGGUACAGUGGACACAGAAAUAGAUUGGUGGGCCAAGUACUAUGUAUCAUGUGGCCAGGCAGACCGUGCUGGAGCUUAUUUCACCAAAGGGUACGAGAAGCUGGAGGUGUUGAUGGGACCCCUGGAAGAUGAGACCGCAUUCUCAGGGUUCAAGGACUUAGUAGACACAGUGCCUUUAGUCCGAGGACGUGGAGACCAGGCACAGAAUGCUGGCGAGUUUAAGGGCACUUUCCGUGUGUACCCACUGUCUACUGAAGACCCAGAGGAGCUUCCUUUGAUCCUCGCUGGGUUCCCGUCACCAGAGCGUCAAGAGGUGACAGUGCGGGUGUAUGUGGUGCUGGGGCAGGACUUGGCUCCCAAGGAUGCUGGUGGUUCUUCUGAUCCCUAUGUUGUGGUCAAGCUCGGCAAGACCACGAAAACAUCUAAAGACAACUACAGACCCAAUACAAUUAAUCCUUUGUUUGGAGAGGUGUUCGAGGUCAGUGGGACGCUGCCUAUACACAAGGAUCUGGUGGUGCAGGUGUGGGACCGAGAUUUAAUUACUUCAGAUGAUCUCAUUGGGGAGACGACCAUUGACCUGGAGAACCGCUUCUUAACACGCCACCGAGCUACUGUGGGUCUUCCUCUCCAGUACCAUGUGAGUGGAGCUAAUAUGUGGAGGGACAUGGAACUGCCAACAGAGAUCCUGACAAAGGGUGCACGUCUGAGGAACUUGGAGGGCCCCAUAUGGCAUGCCCAGCCCCUCAGCCUUACACUAGCAGGAGACACUUACUCUCUUACAGACUUUGAGUUGGAGGAUAAGGUUCGCCCACCCACACUUGGAGACUCGAGAGAGAGACUUGCCCUCUAUGUCUUACACAAGGCCCUGCCUCUGGUGCCUGAGCAUGUGGAGAACAGGGUGUUGAUGCACCCAGCUCACCCAGGGCUUCCACAAGGUCAGCUCAAGCUAUGGAUUGACCUCUUCCCAGCCUCCAGCCAGCCAUUGCCUCCUCCAGUUGAUAUUACUCCCCGUCAAGCACACAAGUAUAUGCUGCGGGUGGUGGUGUACAACGUGUAUGAGGCACCCCUGCAGGAGACGAGUUUCAUUGGAGGAGAGAUGAUGAGUGAUGUGUACGUCAAGGGUUGGCUCCAGGGCACCAGUAAUGUUCAGAAGACUGACAUCCACCAUAGAUGUUUGGAUGGGGAGGCUAACUUCAACUGGCGUUUAGUAUACAAUCUAGAGAUGUUGGAGGCUGAGCAGGUGAUGAUAGUGGAGCAUAAGGAGCACCCGUGGAGCCUUCACACCACACAACAACGACGGCCUCCACAGCUGACACUUCAACUCUGGGACAGUGACCUAAUCGCCAGUGAUGAUUAUCUUAGUGAGACAACCCUUGAUCUCUGUCGUUUGCCUAAGCCUGCCAGGUCAGUGCGUGGUGUAGGACCAUCUCAGGUACCUCAAAUGAUGGGUGAUGGUGAUGCCAACAGUGUGGCCAUUACCAUGCUUGAUGAUCACACCAACUCCAUUAACCUUUUUGAGGCCAAGCGUGUCAAUGGGUUCUUCCCCUUCACACGAGUGGUGGAAGGCAGAACAGAGAUUGCUGGCAAGAUAGAGUUGGAACUUGAGGUGAUCUCAGAGAAAGAUGCUAAACUCCGUCCAGCAGGCCAGGGACGUGAUGAACCCAACAUGAAUCCCAAAUUGCCUGAGCCAAACCGACCAGCUACCUCCUUCCUGUGGAUCACAUCACCUUGGAAGUCCUUCAGGCACGUCAUUUGGAAGAAUUACAAGUGGUACUGCAUCACACUAGUCGUCCUUGUCCUUCUCUUCCUAUUCCUCUUCCUCUUCCUCUACUCCCUACCGGGCGCUACUAUCGACUAUCUCAUCGGUGUGGACUAAACCAAGGACUCAGAGGACCCAAAUGAUUAUCAACUGACUGUCAGAUUUUGUAAUGUUUGUACAUUUGUUGUAAUUUUAUGAAAUUAGAAUCGUAAGCAAAAUGAGAUCAGAUAUACAUUUGUUGAUAUGUUUUAAUGCUAUGUAAAAAAAGAAAGAAACUAAAUAUAGAUUUAUGUAUAUUAAUAAUGAUAAAUCGCAAGAUAUAAUCUCCCAGCUGAGAUUGUGACAGCAUCUUGUGUGAACUCUUUUAAGACCACUCUAAAUCAGUCUUGUUGCAAGCUCAGGUACAAUAAGAGUGUGUACUGUACAUGCCCAGUACAGUACCUGAUGAUGGUAAGAGUCCAACAAGUGAGUAACCAUCUGAACAGUUGUUAAACUGAAAGGUAUUGAAGAGAGUAAGUAACAUAUCCAAAGCAGUUUCUCAUACACUCACAAGACAACACAGUUUCAGUGUUUUUAUGGUUGUAAGUAAAUUUCUUGUAAAUUAUAUGGUGUUUAGCUCAAAGGUGUGUAGCUGUUUGGAUAUUUCCUGCUACCUGUUGUCCAUUUAUAUCUAUAAAUUUUAUUUAUAUGCAGACUUCCACAUCUUCAUGUUCUAUUGAAGAGAUAUCAAUUAAUACGAGUUACCAGAAAUUUCAUUUUAAUCGUAACCAGAAAGUAGAUUAAAUAUGUACUGUAUAUACAGUACAAACAAGAAGCACUGUAUAUGAGGUUAGAGGAGAAAGCCCACAACCAGAGACAUUAAAAGGUCAGUAUGCAGACUGCAAGAGAUCACUGUGUAAAAGAGUAGUAAAUUUACAGAGAGGCUCUGAAACACUGUAUGAAGAGAGGUUAGUGUAAACACAGGUAGAAAGCAUUGUAUCCUCCUGUGAGGUAGAGAAUAGUGUCUGUAGUUGGAUUUAAGUGUAUGGUAUAAAUAGCUAAACACCAAAAUACAUAUCCCUGUAAACAAUACACCCACUAUACCACACCAGUUAACAGUGUAUAAUAUACAGCUGAACACAGCUAAAAACCAAGAUGACAUUGCACUAAAUAAUAUAUACUAAGAUACUUCCUUCCAGUUAUAAAUUAUUAUUUUUAGUUGUACAGUCACAACCAGCAUAUAUAAUAGCUGCCCAUGUUUGUACUUUUAUAUUACAUUUAAACUAUCUGAGGAUAUUAGCUGUAUUUUUAUACUUUAUGUAUCCAUUGCACUGUACAGUACAUGCAAUCUUGGAACCUGAACAACUCUUGAAUACUGUUUGUUAAAUAUUAUUCCAUAUAAAGUUUACAGUAACCAAAUUUUUUUAAUUCGGUUACUUUUGGCAAUUCUGCACUUCCAAUCUUACUUUGACUUUUCUGAAUCAUAGUAAAUAACUUAAGAAACAAAUCACAUGAUGAGUAGUGUCCCCUCAUUCAGAGGCUAGCACAGGUACCAUCCAUCAAUUAGUGUGGGUAUUCUGCAUUAAGAAAACGUGUACAAAUUCGUCACUUUGAUAAACUUUUUAAAUUUUUUGCAUUUUGGAAGCCUUAAUGGUUUUGUAAUGUCUUCCAAUGAAGAUCCUAACACUUCUAAUGAAGCUGUUAAGAAAACUUUGUGGUAACCAGUUGGAAAUUACAAAAGUCUGUCUAUUGUUGAUGAGUUAAAAGUGCUGGUAAGGAUUGAGUGGUGGCCCACUAUGCAGAUUGUCUGAUGAUUUCAAGAUAAGCACAAGUACAGUAUAUGGAAUAAAACUGGGUCUAGAAGAAGCCAAUGUUCAGAGUGUAGAGUGUCGCUGUUGUUUAGUUCCAUCAUAAUAACCUGACAGUUAUGAGGUACUGUGCUGUAUAAGGUUUUCUUUUAGAAUUUUAGUAGUACAGUAGUCUAAGAUAUUCUUAAUCUGUUCCUUCAGUGUCACAACACUAAUGUGUUCUUUUAACUUUAUCCAUUUAUUACACUUGAAAGUGUAUCAGUCAAUUUUUUUAUAAUUUACACAUUUUCAAAACACUUAAUAUCAAUACCUGAUUUUCUGAAGCAACUAGCACAUCAUUAUUAAGUCCCAAAUGAACCAGGCAAAUCUUGCCUGGCCAAACUAACCUAGAUUAGGUAAGUUAGGUUUAGUUGGUUGAUGUCAUCUUUAAUAAUGGUUUAAUGUUGUAGUUCUAACAGGUGCUAUUUAAGAAUCAUUGAGAUUUCACAUACUGAUCUUUUCUAUUCUGCAUUAUGUAUUUUAGGAAGCCUUAUGUCAAAAUACCUGUAGUUACAUAGAAUAUGAAAAAUAGGAACUUGAACAAAAUUAACAAUAUUUAUUAACUUAAAUAAUAUUAUUGAAUUGAAUAUUAAGAAUGACUGCAAUUACUGACAACAGUUUAAUUCUUAAUGACCACUUAACCACAACAAUGAGAACACUCAAAGCCAUUCAUUAAUUUCAUUUGAAAAUAGUCAUACAUUCAGAUAUUCAUUUGUCAGUUUACAAUCCCACAAUACAGUAUUCUAAUAUUGAGGAAGUAACAAACAAUUUUUAUUCUAUUACUGUACAUAAAGUGUUAAAUACUGUAGUUCAAGAAAGGUAAACUAUUACCAAUGUAUUUUUAUUGUACUGUAUCCACUGUACCCAGAAACCUCACUUAUCAGGUGAUAAAAAUACAUCCACAGUAAUUGGUGGUGACUUUGUUGGUGACUUUGUACACAAUUGAUAAUACUUAGGAAUUUACUUUAUUUUGUUAAAUGUAAAGCUCCUAUAAUUCUGAAUUAUCAGGAUUUAGCUGUACUGUACACAGUACUUAAACAUGCAUUACAUACCCUUUAAGUCAGUGAGGUUAGGUUAGGUUUUGUUGGGUUUUACUAACAGAACAUAACCAAGCAUUCUUUAAUUGCAUUAAAAAUAUUUCUUCUCAAGUUACAUAUUAUUAUGCAGUGUUAACCAAUUUAGAGGUCCUAUUGUGACCCAGCAAAUCCCCGCCUCCCUCAAUCCCUUUCUGGCACAUUUAGCAAAACUUUAAAAAUAAAUUUGAAUUAUAUUUUUACCAUUUUGUAAGUACUGUAGCAUGAAAUCCAAAACACAACAGUACUGUACAACAUUCAUUGCUAUACUGUACCAUCUUCUCCACAUCUUGUGAGAGAUAUUUAAGAUAACCAUAAUAACAUGCAAGUCAGUGGAAUACAGCCACCCUACUUGCCAUCAUGAGGCCUCCUGAAGCUUAACAACAAAAACUGACUGAACCAUUGUUUGGCAACUUCAAAUGGGCAUUGGGAGAUUGCUACAACACUCAUAUUUUUGUCUCAGUACUGUUUGCAAACUAAUCAUAAAGGUUAGACCAUAUAUAGUGAGGCUACAGUAAAUAGAAGACCUAACACAAACCCGCAGUGAAUGGGUUACAACUGCACAAGUUCCAGGUGAUAUUUUUUUUUUUAGCCACUCUGUGAUUUAUGGUGUGCUACACUACAGCUUCAGUAGUGUAAUGUGUGCAUUCUAUAAUAUGUGCAAGGAUGUGACUCUUGAAGUUUUAUCACAUGUGAGGAAUAUAUAAGUCAUUUUUGGGAGCUCAUGAGAGUGUCCUGUUGUUAAAUAUAUUUUUAUUUGUUUUAAUAUUUAAAAUGCCCUGACAUUUCAUAAUGUGUCAGGACACGUUCUAACAUUUAUAUAAGCUGCUGCUGUCUGAUGUUUACAAAAUGUGUUCAUUACUUGUUCUGUGGUACAGUACAUAGACAUACGUUAUAUGUGGUACAUUAUGUUUUGACAUUUCUAUCAAAUUUGUAUCUUCUGAUAUAGUUAUUAUAUUUAAUGAACAUGUAGUGUGGCUGAAUAAUUUAUUAAUAUGUUCUGCAGGUGCUUAUUGUUGAAUAUAUAUUAUUAUAUUACUUGACAAUCUAAUGAUGUUUACUAUAUUUGUAGACUUAAACAGUAUAGUAGCCCGGUGCUUGGUAGGUGUAGCCAAUUUAGAACUUCUCAUUUUUAUUAUUAUAAACCUCUUACAACAUAAUAAAAAAGGUACUGUACUCGGUUAUAUUUUAUUUAGUGUUUGAGUAGUACUGUAUCUCUAAAUACUGUAGAUUCUACAACAAGCUCAUGAAGAAACUAUCUGUAAGAGAUAUGUAGUAAAAAUUGUUGAGCUGAAUUAUUAUUAUUAUUAUUACUGUAUUAUUAUUAUUAGAAUUAUUAUAUUUUUGCCCCCCCAAUGUGGAUCAGUGACGUGUGCCCAGGUGGGCUAAUCCCUAUAAAUAACUGAAAAUACCACAUGCCUAUACAGUACCAUGUCAGAUGUUUAGUCUGUGAUAGUGUAUUUUUUACUGCUCCAUUUGGGGUUUAGCAACAAUGUUCCUAAGGAUAUUGUUGAUCUAGUUUUAUGAAGAGAUCUGUGUCUUGAUGAUAACACAUUUCAUCAAAUACAGUACUGUACUGUUCUGUAUUCUUUCUUUGUGCCUUCUUAGGGCCAGUUUUUAUCUACUUAUAUAUGGAAUAUAAACUGAAGUGUUAGGUAAAAGCUGAGAUUAAGUCCCUGCUUUGGUGCUGUGGAGCUCUUAAUGUGACAGAGUAAAAUUUUAAUAAAGGUUAUAUAAUAAUUAUGA